AUGUCGGACCACGAAUUCGGAGCCAAUGACGACUUGUCUCUUCCCAAAGCCACGGUUCAGAAGAUUGUCGGGGAAAUCCUGCCGUCGCAAAGCGGGCUCGCCUUUGCCAAGGAGGCGAGGGACCUCCUCAUAGAAUGCUGCGUCGAGUUCAUCACCCUCAUCUCCUCCGAGGCCAACGAAAUCUCGGAAAAGGAGGCCAAGAAGACGAUUGCCUGCGACCACAUCACCAAGGCGCUGGAGCAGCUCGGCUUCUCCGACUACGUGCCCGCCGUGCUCGAGGCGGCGGCCGAGCACAAGGAAGUGCAAAAGGGCCGCGAGAAAAAGGCGGACAAGUUUGCCAACAGCGGCAUGUCCAUGGAGGAGCUCGCCCGUCUGCAGGAGGAGCAAUUCGCGCAGGCGAGACAGAGGCACGGAUGA